AUCGUCUUUGACUUUGGAGUUGGUGAUUCACCGCUAUUUCUUACCUUUUGCGAUUUCGUAAAUAUUCCAUCAUUCUGUGUUUUGUAUCCGUAGUCGGACAACUAAAAUCCAGUGCUAAAUAAAUACAUAUUCACCAUGAGUCUUCAGUGGACCAUCAUCGCGACGUUUUUGUACACCGAAAUAGCCGUCGUCUGCUUGCUCGCAUUGCCGAUCGCUAGUCCUUCCAAAUGGCAAAAGUUGUUCAGGUCAAAAUUCUUGGCUUAUAUAAGCGGACAAGCGUCGGUGUACUUCUUGAUCCUUAUCGGAGUGCUGGUGCUAUGCCUGCUCGACGCCAUUCGGGAGAUGCAGAAGUAUUCGAGCAUCGGCGAGAGCUCGGACCACCAGCACCUGGACGCCGAGAUGCAGGGUAACAUGCGUCUGUUCCGCGCUCAAAGAAACUUCUACAUCUCCGGCUUCGCUCUGUUCCUGCUAGUCGUGAUUCGCCGGCUGGUGCAGUUGAUUUCGGAAUUGGCUACUCUUUUGGCUCAGUCUGAGGCAAAUUUCCGUCAGGCGCAGAGCGCGUCGGUGGCUGCGAGGUCGUUGCUGGCCCAGGCGGGAGCCGGCGACGAGGCCACCAAGAAGCAGCUCGAGGACUACAAGGAUCAAAUCACAACUCUAGAGAAAGAACUUUCCAAAGAAAGGAAAGAUAAAGAGGCUGUGAAGUCGCAGGCUGAAAGUCUGUCAAAGGAGUAUGACAGGCUCACGGAGGAACACAGCAAGCUGCAGAAGAAGCUCACAAUCAGCGGCGACAAGAAGGAUGAGUAAUUCUAAGAUUGUUGACUGUUUAAAGUCCAUUCUCAUUUGCUAAUCUAUGUAGUGCUAAAGAUAAUUGAUUGCAAACACUUUGACUUGCUUCAACUUUCCAGUAAGAUAUC